AUGCAAGUCAAGGUGGCUCUCCUGGCGCUUUCAUCCGCCUGUUUGAUCGAGUAUGGUGCUGCGAGGCUCUGCAACCCCAAAGACAUAUCCAACAAAGACGUGUCUGGGUGCGAAUGCAAGGACACCAAGACGGGUUGCUCCAGCACCUGCACCUACUGCGCUUCGGACCCCAUCUUCGAGACCAAGGGCGUCAAGGACUGCAAGAGCGGAUGCACAGAGUCACAGACAAACUGCACGGGCUGCGGGCUCUACUUCCACACCGUGUGCGACUGCAUAAAGCACGGGGGAUGCGAAAAUACGGCGGCCGGCGGCGUCAUCAUGCCCGGACCGGCCCCGAUCUGGAUCUACGACGACCACGACCCCAAGGACCCCCUCAUCACCACGACCGAGUUCCUGCCCGGCAUCCUCCAGAUGCGCGGCAGCCACGAGCGCGGCUGGACCUACGCGCAGGAGCACUACAAGCCGCAGUCGCAGGCCGUCUUCCUCAACUCGGCCCGGGCGAGGAAGAUGGAGCACGUCCACAUCCACGUCUGCAGGAGCCGCAACGCCCAGACGGCCAAGAACCUCGCCGACGAGCACAUCCAGAGCUCGACGAGCCUCAUCAAGACGGUCAAGGAGCCGGAGCUGUACUGCCUCGGCGUGAACCACAGCGUCACCAUCACCAACUUCGCGGGGGCCCUCUCCAACUGGCUCGCCAAGCUGCCCGUGGAAACGCCUCCCAUCUGCAAGGACCUGGUGGGCGCGGGCAUCCUGCAGGACACCCACGGUCGGACUUGGGCGUGCGCCUCGAAGCACAGGAAGGGCCCACAGGACAUGUUUUGUCAAUGA